CAAAUCUUGUUGACACCCCUCGGAUUUCAAAUCCAUCCCACCCAUUAUUUCACCCUCACCCGAUUUCAAAUCCUACGCCUCUCCCGAUUUCUUCUUCUUUUUCGCCACUCGAAUGGUCUGUUUACCCUGUCGGAAUAGGCUAGUAAACUCUUUUUUCAGGUUUAUCUUCUUCACCUCUUUAUUCUAUUUCAAUUUCAAUUAUUAGGUUUGCAAACAAGCAGUCAAGCUUUCAAUUUCAAUUACGAGGAUGACAAGUGAACAUGCUACAGUGCUAGUCAAGCUUCUGCAAUCAGCAAACAAACUUUCUGCUUCAUGCUACAGUGCUAGUCGCCUACUUCAUGGAAUUGAGCCUGGGGAGAGAUGGGGAGAUUUCAGCUGCGUCUCCGAUGGGGAUGGAGAAAGGGAGGGAGGUUCGGUGAGAAUUCAAAGAUCUAUCGAGCCUUAUGCAUUUUCUGAUCGAUGGCUUUUGGAACAUGUCAGAUCGUUCAAUGAAUGCGAUUUAUUUCUCUCAAGGAUUUGGGGUGACUUCUCGGAUGCUCAAGUUUAGUUUGGUGAAAUCGGGAUAACCUGAUGUUAAUAAAAGGGUAAUAUGAGUAUUUUUCUUGGAAAAUCACUCUAAAGCACUAGCUUAAAAACACCUCUUGUUUUGAGCCUCCUUUUCUAGAUAUCCUGUGUCUUUUGAAUCUUUCCUUGAAGAUGUUUUAGUAUUCAUCCUAUUUUAUAGCCUUGUCAAUGAAGUGAUUAACUGGUUCAAGAUGGGAGUAUCGAAGCAGGGGAGAAUGCUUAGGUUUUAUGCUUUGAGACUUGUGUGUAAGGAAAUGCAACCCCUAGUUAUUUGUACUUCAGAGACAAAUCUUAGACAUUUUUUACAUUAUGUAAUUAGCCAAGAUAAUUCAGAUAAAGAAUGCCUUUUGUGAUAUAUUUUGAGUAAAGAAUGUUCUUUUGUGGAUAAUUUACAUUAUGGAAGUGGCUAAAACAAUGAGUCACCUGUGGAUAACUUAUGUCAAUGGUAUAAUGAAUAUCUAUGCUAUCAAUGUGUGUUAUAUUCA